ACAAGGUGUUGAGCAGACGGGCUGCGCUCUUCUGGAGGGUAGGGCAGGGAACACCCACGGGUGCUAGUCUGAGAACAUUAAGUUAGUCGCCAUGGGAAGCCGUCUGCUAGUCAUCGCUGUCGCUGCUGCUCUUCAGGUUGCAUUCUUGGUCACUGGGGUCACCGGCUACCUCUACAAUAACCGUUAUGCAGGAAAUCAAGUUAUCAGAGUAACUCCAAACAAAUUAAAUGAUACUGAAACCCUGAAGAACCUCUUUGACAAGUUUCAGGUGGACCUAUGGCAUCCGAACAGUCCAUCUUCCAUUAGAGAAGGAGCAGCUGUGGAUCUUCAUGUACCAAGAAAUGCUUCCAAAAUAUUCAGAUCUCAUCUUCAUCAAGCCAAGAUUCACUACAAGGUCCUAAUUGCAAAUCUGCAAAAAGAAAUUGAAAAACAGGCAGGGUAUAGAUCCUCCCGCAAGCGAAGGUCUGAUUCAAGUUACGAUUAUGAAGUUUACCACUCCCUUGAGGAGAUUCAAAGCUGGAUGCAUGAAAUGAACAAAACACAUCCUAGUUUUAUUCGUCUUUUCUCCAUUGGGCAGUCCUUUGAAAGAAGACCCCUUUAUGUUCUGCAGCUAGGAAAGAAAUCCCAACAUUACAAGAAAGCAGUGUGGAUUGACUGUGGGGUUCAUGCCAGAGAAUGGAUAGGUCCUGCCUUCUGUCAGUGGUUUGUAAAAGAAGCAUUGCAUUCCUACAAUACUGACCCCGUGACAAGACGGUUACUGAACCAGUUCUACUUCUACAUAAUGCCUGUGCUCAAUGUCGAUGGCUACCAUUUUAGCUGGACCACGGACCGAUUCUGGAGAAAAACUCGUUCUAAAAUCUCCAGAUAUCAAUGUCGUGGUGUGGACGCCAACCGAAACUGGAAAGUGAAAUGGUGUGAAGAAGGAGCUUCAUCUCAUCCAUGUUCCGAGACCUACUGUGGGCCAUUUCCUGAAUCUGAACCUGAGGUGAAAGCUGUUGCCAAUUUUCUUCGAAAGCACAAGAAGCGUGUGAAGGCUUAUAUUUCAAUUCAUGCCUAUGCUCAAAUGCUGCUGUAUCCGUAUUCAUACAAGUAUGCUACGAUUCCAAACUUUGACUGUGUUGAAUCUGCUGCGCACAAUGCAGUUCUGGCUCUGUACUCAGCCUACGGUGUGAGGUACCAGUAUGGCCCUGCGUCAACUACUUUAUAUCUCAGUUCUGGAAGUUCUAUGGACUGGGCAUACAGGAAUGGCAUUCCCUAUGCAUUUGCCUUUGAACUGCGUGAUACUGGCUAUUUUGGAUUCUUGCUCCCGGAGUUCUUAAUCAAUCCUACUUGCACUGAAACCAUGCGUGCAGUCAAAACUCUUGCUCUAAAUUUGCUAAAGAAGUGCUCUUCAAGGCAGUCCAUCACUCAGAACAAGAUUAAUUUCCAGCCUUGAAUUUUAUGGAAAAUAGUGAAAAGGAGAAGGAACGUCCAUUUUUAAUUUCCUACCUUUGAUACUAUUAGUUAUUUUUAUAUCAAAAAUUAAGAUUUUAAAUUGUUCCAAGAAUAUUAAAAAUUAACUAUUUUCUUAUUAUUACAGCAAUAGGUUUGGGAAAUACCAUCACACUUUUUGGAUUUUUAUAAUUAUUUUCUUUUUGUGUGACAAAUGCACAAAUAUGUAAAGUAUAAUUAAAAUCAAAAAUCAAUGUUUUUAGAAUGAACAAAAAAAAGAAAAAUGCGUUUCAUGUGAGAAUUUUCAAGAUGCCAAAUAAAGCAAAAGUUGUAUGUGGAUACUGCAAAAAGGAUUACAAAAAUCCAAAAAAUAUCAUUUAUUAAAAUAAUUGUGUGUCAUUUAUGAAAGCAAGUCAUAUCAAAAUAACGUACUAUACAAUAUGCAUAAGAUAAUACAAAUGUUUUAACACAUUGCACACAGAGAUUUGUAAGUACAUUAAAUGUGCUCAAAUAGGGAAACUGUGCUAAACAUAACAAGAGCCUUCAUUGCUUGGCCUUUUGUAUUAAUGUUGUGUCCUCAUGUGGCAUGUUACACUGACCACUUAUAUAAUAUGUCUGUGCCAUUUAUUCAGUGCAUUGAGACCACUGAGUGAUGAGAGGCUUUGUACCCUAAAAUACGUCAGUUCUGCUGUCAGAAUGAAUUUCCUGAAGGCGUUCAAGUAAUAGACUUGAAAUUUCAAACCCAAGAAGGUCCUGGAUGAGUGUUGCAUUGGGCACAAAUAUGUCUGACUAUGAAACAGUUACUUCAUUUUGUGUGCCAUAAUUUUGAUCAAUGGGAAUUCCAAUUGCUAGAAAGCACUCUGAAUUUACAGCUAGUGCCUUUCCAUUGUACCUCUUUAUGAAUUUUACCUCAUUCACUUUGCUUUGUCAGUUGUUAAGAACAGAGCAAUUAUAAAGUUGACUUCCAUGUUAUUGCACUUGAAUUCACAUCAACCAACAGAUACAUAAGCUAAUGUUUCAGCUGUUUACUAUAACAGCUUACUUUAAAUAUCCUCCUUUUGAAAAUAUCUGAAGAUAUCUGAAGAUACUUUAUUGAAACAUAAAAAAAGACUUUUUGGAAAAUGUUUUUGAGUUUUUAAUGAUCUUAUGGGACGUUACUCCUCUGUGCCAUGUUGCUUGUUUGUUUUCUGCUGCCUUUUCCCAAUGCUGUUAUUACCCAUUUUUCAAAGUUUUACUAGUAGGUUGAGCUGUCAACUGGUAAACAAUUUGGUAGCAGAAUUUUCAUGUUUUGGGCAUUUGUGGUAAAAAUGAUCAUCGAAAUUAAAUCUUUUUCACUCUAAUGAAAAUAGACAUUCUUCUUAAAGUGCUGUUAACAGUGCUGUCCUUUUCCUGCUGAGACCCAUUAAGAAUAUUUUGUUUGUUUUUUCCCCACUGUUUAAUUUUCUAGGUCCUCGGUUGACUUAAUGAUUAAUAAAGCUUGGUGCUGCUAGCAUUUCUCUACCUGUUUUUGUUUCAGUUUGUAACAGAGGUAGGUUAAGAACUGAAAAACAAAACAAUGAGGCAAACCUGUAAGUAUAACACACAACUGUUCUUAUUAUUCAUAAAAGCUUUGCCGUGAAUACUUUACUGAGUGUGUAAA